ACAGAGUGAGAGUCUAUCUCAAAAAAAAAGGGGGGAUAGACACCACCUAUUAAACAUAGAACAAAGCUUGUAAUCAGAAACUUUAAAAGAAAUAAAUUUUUAAUAUAGCAUACACUAUGUACCAGGUAUUAUUCUAACCAAAUACAUUUAUUCAUUUAACCCUCAAUUUAUGUGGUAAUAUCACCCCAUUUUAUAGAUAUGAAAAUUGAGGUGCUGAAAGAUUAAGUAGUUUGAGGUUUCACAAGUAAGAAGUGGCAGAGCUAGGAUUUGAAUAAGGCAGUUCAAUGCUACAAUCCAUGUCCUUAACCACAAUGCCUAAAGCUUAAUUCCGACCAUGGCAAUCUAGACAAAACUGGAUCACCCAGAUUUCACUGUAUGAAGUAUGAGUUGUAUUUUUUGGUCCUACAUGCAGGGAGAAGGCUGUUAGCUCUGAACCCAUGUGGGGGAUGGGAGUUCUUUGUUCUGUGAUGCACUGAUGACCUCAGGCUAAACUGCCACUAGGCUAAAGAAUAUGGAAUGGCUGCUGGAGGACUUGCUAGGGGCUGGGGGGGAUACAGGCCUUCUCUGGAGCCAACUGACCCAUGCCCUGUCUUGUAGAUACUGUGGCAGCAGCUGUCUCCAGAGUCCAGGAAAUCUGGUGACACUAUUCUUAUUCAUAGUUUGGCAGAUCCGGAGAUGGUGGCAGCUUGGGAGAUUGCAACAGCUCCAUCCUUGGUUCUCUGGGGACAUGACGCAAGGCAAGGGCCUACCACUUCUGUACCAUGUGGCCUUCCUUGAUCACCUGUGGAAGCAGAAAUCAGAGGUAGAAGAAGAGGAAGAAGAGGAAGAAGAGGAAGAGGAAGAAGAGGAAGAAGCAUCUGUGGAUCCACUGAAACCAUGUUCUCCUCCCAAAGAAGCUCCCAAUGGAGAGCAAGCCACCACAGCCCUACCAGAGCCAUCCUAUGGUUCUGAGGGCCCCCCCAAGGCCACACAGACACCACAGCAAAUAUUCAUGCAGCUCCAAAGCCCUUCCAGAUCUUUUCCCACCUUCCAGAUCCUGACCAACCUACCUGUGAGGCGUAAGACAGGAUCAGGGAGUCACCAGCACCAUAGAAAAAGCCAGCUCUUCUGGGGUCUCCCCUUUCUGCACAGCGAGUCCUUGGAGGCCAUCUUCCUGAGCUCAGGUGGCCUCUCUCCCCUGAAAUUAUCUGUUUGUCCUUCUGUCUUUUUCAACAAGCUUAUCUUCCUGCCUAGGUCCAACCUGUUGUUUCCCCAGUAUCACUCCUCAAUCCAGUUUCCUACCCAUGAAGCCCAUACUAUGGAAGACCUGGAAGAGAUGGCCCCUAGACCUCAGCUACUUCCAUUUCCAUCUUAUGCUGUCCCAUCACCACCAGUCCAUCUUAAGCCCUUGCCUAUGGACCAUAAGCGAGUCCUAUCUAGCACUGAGGUACCCACACAGCGGCUUACACAGCAGGGAAAGGUCACUUGGGUCUCUGAGGAUCAAGCCCUGCACUCACAGCCUGAACUCCAAAGAGCCAGACCCUCUAAGCUUUUCUCCUCAUCUGAGGCCUGGUGUGGGUUGCCAUGGGACCCCAGCCUCCAACGACACAACCCAGAUUCACCCUCUGCUUCUCUGCUAUAUCCUUCUAGCCUUGUGGGAAUCCAGACUAGGUUUGAGGCCCCAUGGAAGACCAUGGGACAAAAUGAAGACCCCAAAGCCUCUGAGCCAGCAAUGCCAGCUCCCAGCCUAACCCCAGCCUCCCUGACAGAACUCCAGAGAGUCAGCCCUAUAGAAGGCCUGUCUGGAUCUAAGGCCCUCUGGGAAACCACAGGGCAAAAAGAGAACUGUCAGAUCUCUGUUCCCCUAAACAUGUCCCCUUGCCAACUCCCAGUCCCUAUGACAGAGCCUCAAGGAACCAGCCCCCUGGGAGAGCCCCCUGACUAUAAGACUCAGUGGGGAACCAUGGGACACAAAGAGAGCCCUCAAGCUUCUGAGCCUCCAAUGUCAGCCCCCUGCCAGCCCCCAGCAUCUCUGUCAGAACCCCAAAAUUUUAACUCUGAAGGAGGUCUUCUUAUACCUAAGGAAUUCUGGGGAACUACAGGACACAAAGAGAACCCUCAGGCUCCUGAGUCUUCAAUGCCAGUCCCCGGCCCUCCCCUGGACUCCCUCACAGAACUCCAGGGAGAGAGUCCCUUGGAAGAUCCAUCCAGAUAUGAGCCCCAGUGGGGAUUCAGAGAAAAUUCAGGAAACUGCUGGGCCUUUGAACCCCCAGCCUUAGACCCCAACCCAGGGAUCCAUGGACCCAGCCCUGCAUGUGUCCCAUCAGGAUCUGAGACUCCAUGGAAGGGUGUACAGAGUAGAGAAAAUCUUUGGGUCUCUGCACACCCAGUUUUACCUGCCAGACUUCCCUCAGCCUCUCUGCUAGAAUCUCUAGUAAUGGCCCCCCAUGGAGUCCUGUCUGAAUCCAAAGCUUUGCAGGAGACCAUAGGGCAGAGAGAGAACCUCUGGGCACCUAACUCCUCAGACCCUGCCCAUAGUACAGCUCUAGCCCCCCGUAUAGACACGCAUAGAAUCAAUCCUGCAGAAGGCCUUGCCAGAGCAGAAACUAUAAGGAAGGACACUGAGCAUUUCAGGAAUUCCUGGGCUUCUGAGCCCCCAUCUCUGGCCCCACCCUCAGCUCUUAUACUAGAGCUCCAGAGAGUUAGCUCCAGGGGAGUCCUGUUUAAUUCUAAGGCUAGAUGUGGGAAAAUAAAAAGGAGAAAGAACUCCUGGGCCUCUAAGCUGCCAGCUUGCAGCUUACCCCAAGACCUGCAUGUAGCCAGCCCCCUGAGAGUCUUGCCUGACUAUGAGCCUGCUGGUGGGGACACAGAGCAGAAAGAAAACUGUUGUGUUCCUGUGUUCCCAGGUUGGGGCCCCAGCCUACCACCAAACUCUGUUUCAAAGUCCCACAUAAGUGAGCCCAUUGGAGACCAAUGCAACUCUAAGUCUGAGGGGGAAGCAGCAGUGGAGCAGAGAAAGAACUGCUGGGCCACUGAGCUCCCAGUCCCCAGCUCACACUCAGCUCCCCCACCAGAGCCACACAUUGACCUUGAAUUUGUGUGGAGAUGCGCACAACAAAAAGUCCCCCAGGACCCCAGCCCUCCAGAAGUUGAAUCCCUGCAGGCAAUACCUUGGCUUCCCACCCUAGCUGAAGCUGUGAAGAUUGUGCCCACCUACCCUGGCCUACCCAACGGAGAGAUGUUUCCAGUGUCUAAGGCUGAGGACCCACUCUCCCAGAGAGAGGCAGUCCCAGAGGUGGUCACUAACCCUGGGACCCAUGCCUGGCACUGGAGCAAAGAGUUGGAACUCAGGCUGAAGACACUGCAGCAGAGCCCUGCUUCCAGAUCCCCUGGCCCAAGUCAACUAUUUUGUAGCUCCCCUGCCUUGAGCUCUACAACUCCAGACUCCUGGGGACUCUCUUCCUGCCCCCCCCAGAUUUAUCUCCCCAACCUGUACUCCUACUCUUCAAGCUGUCAUCCCCAAAAAGUUCAGAGCACAGUACCUCAGUCUAUACAGGUCCCCCACUGUCAUUACUCCCAAUCCUCUUUCCAGCCUCAGCCACAAGGGUCUGGCAGAGCAGAACAAGGGCCUCAGAGAGAAGAGAAGAGGAAGGGGAAGACGGUGGCCCAGGUCUCAUCCCAGGGGUCAUGUGUACACAUGGAAGCUGGUGAGAUCUAUCCAGGCCCUGGAGAGCCCUCAAACCCUGAGGUUCUAGCCUCAGGCAAGAGACACAACAAGGCUUCAGCCCUAUCUUUAGCCAAAAAGGGCGAGAGCCCCAGAAAACCAAAAACUGGAGACCAUGGAGGAGGGAAUGCAAGAUUGGGGUCACCCACGGUCACAGGGAAGAGCCACCCUGCCCAGGCCCAAAGACUAGUAGAGGCUCCUGUAAGCACACUUUCCCCAAAGUCUCAACACAGGGGCCAGAGCUCUCAACACACUGCUCUCCCCCAGCAGCUUCUCCCCAAGGUUUCAGGUCCCUACGACCACCUGGGGAAAGAACUGAGAGCUGGUGACAUCCAGAACCCUCACCACUGUAAGCACUGUCCUUGGGCCCACACAAAGAAGCAUCUCUCUUCCCCCACACCUCAGGCUCACGUUACCCGGGGUCUCCAAAGAGUGUUAGCCAAAUUUUUGGGUAACCGUGGACCCCUGGUCACCAAAUCUAGCCAGGGGAAGGCUGGUAGUACUGGCACUUAGUACCCCAAGACUGGAAACCAAGCCAGGUAGAGGGUGGGGAGAUGGGGAGACAGGCAAAAGAAAUCCUAAUAAACUAGCUGAAAUAGA